UUAAGUCCAAGAGAAAACACCCCAUUGUUUACCUCAACUUGAACCGAAACCCUUAAUUCCCAAUUGCAAUCUCUCACAAAGCCAUGCAAUUAUCCCCAAACCCCAAUUUGCGAUCCAUCAAUUCAAACUUCAUCUUCUGCAGUUCGAGCUGCAAGUUCGAGAAUUUGGGAUUCUCGGCCACAGUUUUCCCAUCCUUCAAGCUAAGAGUUCCCCAUUCGAUUAAUUUCAGUGGCACCAGACGUCGCCGUUUUGCUCCCGCCGCCCAAAAAGUCUCCGGUCCUGACUACUAUUCCGUUCUCAAUGUCAGUAGAAAUGCCAAUCUGCAAGAAAUUAAAGCCGCUUAUCGGUCGCUUGCUAGGAGGUAUCAUCCUGAUAUGAACAAGGGUCCUGGUGCUGAAGAAAAGUUUAAAGAAAUAGCUGCUGCGUAUGAGAUUCUGUCAGACACUCAAAAAAGGUCUGUAUAUGAUCGUUUUGGUGAGGAAGGUCUUCGUGGAGAAUUUGAUGCAACACGUGCUGGUCCACAAGGGGUGGACCCUUUUGAAGUUUUUGCUGAAUACUUUGGUGACCCUAGCAACUUUUUUGGAGGAAGCGGUGAGCAAUCAGGCUUCAACUUUAACUUUAGAGAGAAUAGCAGCCAGAAUCUUGACAUCCGGUGCGAUUUGUAUUUGAGCUUCGAAGAAUCUAUUUUUGGGGGGAAGCGUGAUGUUGAAGUACCAUAUUUUAAAACAUGUGAUGAUUGUGGUGGAACGGGUGCAAAGUCCAGCAAUUGCCUAAAAACAUGUUCUGAAUGUGGAGGUAGAGGACGAAUAAUGAAAACAGAGAAAACACCGUUUGGAGUUAUGUCUCAGGUGACAUCCUGCUCAAAAUGCCAUGGUGACGGGAAGAUAAUUACUGAUAGGUGUCGCAGAUGCAAUGGCCGUGGCAGAGUUCAAGCACGGCGGAACAUUGAGGUGGUUAUUCCACCUGGCGUUGAGGAGGGAGCUAGAAUGCAGAUCCGAGGAGAGGGAAGUUCUGAUAGAAUGAGGGGUAUAGCGGGUGACUUGUAUCUUGUUCUCCAUAUUGAUGAGAAACAAGGAAUUCAGAGAGAUGGAAUGAAUCUAUACUCAAGAGUGGAUGUUGACUAUACAGAAGCAAUCCUAGGGGUUCUUAAGAAGGUUGAUACUGUUGAAGGUAUGAAGGAUCUUCAGAUUCCCCCAGGAACUCAGCCAGGACAAAAAUUAAGGCUACAGUACAUGGGCGUGCCAGAUAUAAGAAAACCUUCUGCACGGGGCGAUCAUUUUUUCACUGUGGAUGUUCGGAUCCCAAAACAUAUAAGUGAUGCAGAACGGGAACUGGUUGAAAGGUUGGCGUCUCUUAGGAAAACUGAAGGUGUUCUCCAAGAUCAUAGAGAAGACGUGAAAGACCAAACUUCAGACGACAGAAGCAAAAGUGAAAUGCAUUGGUGGAAAUCGAUAAAGGAUAUGUUAUGGAGAAGGCAACCCGGGGAAAAAUUUGCAUCAAUCUGCAUUGAUACAUCAGCACCAGCGAUGUACACGAAGAACCUACCAAAGUUGCCUUCUAUGAGUGCUACGUCUGUCAUUUUGUUUUCAGCUGUUCUCACUUUCUUAAUGAGCAAAUCUUGGUGGUCUAAAUUCUGGCAACGAAGGAAACAAAUGGAGCUUGGAAUUCACAAACGAGGUAAAAGGAUAAAAUAAUGGAACAUCUACAAUGGUAACACAAUUCUAUCUCUAUGCAAGUACAUUCACUGCAUGCUCUAUAGUAUCUUGAGAAACCAUUAUGGCCGCUCGAAUCUCUAACCGGUUCAGUCGAGGCCAGCUCAGGCAUUUAAUGCUCGUUUGAGGAAUACAAUUGAGUUCUUGGUGGAUCUACACUUGUAUGUUGAUACCAAUCCAUUCUUUCAAGUCCUAGCGUAGCGUGACAACUGUAUAUUUACCAGAUUUUGAUUAUUGCCUAUGUACCAACCGAUCCUAAAUUUGGAUAAAAUGUUUUCACCCUUGUAGACACUCUACAUCCCUGUGUAUACUUUUUCCUUCUUGUCACGAAAAGAUGUGUCUUUCUCCA